CAAGCUCUUAUCCGCAUCCUCCGGCGCAUCUAAAAUACGCGUAAUUAAGAACCAGCUAUUUCCCUUCUGUUUCUCUGUCUCGCCAUUCCUCCAAACCGCUGCCGCAUAAAGCCUAUCGGUAGUAUCAGCCAAUCCAGGCACUUACAAGGACCCCUUGGCCCUUCUUUGGUACUCUGCAGUUUGCUCCAGAAAUGCAACGCUGUAGGCAUAAAAAAUCAAGGAAAGGCUGCCUCGAGUGCAAGCGCCGGCAUAUCCGGUGUGACGAAGGCAAACCCAUUUGUAUAAACUGCAUUACUGCAGAGCGAAAUUGCGAGUAUCGCGAGCGCAAGUCUCCGGAUCUGAACGAUGUCACCUUCUCAUCCUCGGAGUCGAAUUCGACCUUGAUGCAAGAUGCAGAGAACUCAUCAGCCACAAGCAGUCUAAGAAUGAAAAAGGCACAGACGACCGACGUCAACAUGAGCCAUCUAGAGCUACUUGUUCAUUUUUCAUUCGCCAUAUAUGCCCCAGAGCUUGAAGAGGAUCAUUCAUCUACAAAGUUAGUACUAGAAGCUGCUCUGAGAGAGAAGUAUUUAAUGCUCGAGGUCCUGGCAAUCUCGGCUCGAUACCUAUCAACCGCCCAUACCGACGAGGCAGAUUGCUAUUCACGCCAGGCAGUGGAACUGCAGACCAAGGCUAUCGAACUAUUCAACAAUGAGGACACUGUUACUGCUGAUGAGAAUUCCAUAGCAAGGCUACUCUUCUCCUCCAUACUAGGCCGCCACAUGUUGGUCGAUGUGCUUGCCAGGCGAGAUCCUGAUCUCGGGUCAUUUGUCGACCGAUUUACGCAAGGUGCACGAGUUCACCGGGGCGUCAGAGCUGUCACGACAGCACAAGAAUGGGAGAUACUACUGACGUCAAAGGUCGGCCCUCUUAUCACGAAAGGCCUUGAUCCUCUGGGUUUUCAUGACCCACCUCCGCUUCGCCCGCAUUUUAUGUCACUGCUUUCGCGGACGGCACGGUUGGACGAUCAUGAUAAGGAGGCAUGCACCAAGGCUCUUUGCAUGAUAGAAGGGGCUCUAGAUGAUCUACAGUAUCCUGACAGGAGCUCAUUUGGCCUGCGCAUGAUAUUCGUUUGGCCGAUUCUAUUACCAGAACGCUUUAUCGUCUUGCUGGAAAGGGGUAUUCCGGAAGCUAUUGCAAUCUUAGGCCGCUAUUCUAUUCUACUUCACGCUGGGGAGUCACUAUGGCAGGUGAAGGAUGCAGGACCGUAUCUAUUAAAGCUGAUCUCUUCGUUUCUUGGAUCCGAUUGGGACGAAUGGCUAUAAGAGCAGGACCUAUCAUCAAUAGGCUAUUAACCCAUACUCAGCGUACUCGCAUUUAAUGUUUUCCUCAAUCUUUAAGAUACAUGUUACAUGUAUCUCGCUGUGAAAUAUCUGUUACAUAAUCGCUAUACAAU